AUGACGCUCGGAAGUCGUCGAUCAGCAGAGACGAAGGCGAUAUUGUGGGAACUGCCAGUCGGAAGAGCCCUGGGCCCUUUGAGGAAGUCGUCAAAGAUAGGGGCAAAAAAGACUGCAGAGACGAUGGAGAUGCCGGCAGGAAAGCAGAGGACGAAGCAAGACGAUCAGAUGCAGGACCAAACGCAGACACAGGCGCAGGCACAGGCACAGGCACCAUCUAAAUCAUUGUCGCAAGGGCUGCUGAUUCCAGAAGAACAAGAACAACCACAGGCCACAAGCAUCAGCAUUAUUGAGCCGGACUGCAAUUGCGGCUUUGGCUCCACCGAGGCCAACACAAGCGGCUUGGGCGGCACCACGGGCACCAGCGCUAGAAGCAAUAACACGAUUACCGCCACCUCACGGACUCCUCUGCCUGUCCUCCCCAGUGUCGGCGAUGGUGACAGCAACCGCCUGGGUCAGUACAACUACACCGGCAUCUCUGGGCUGCGGCAGUUACAGGAAGAAGCAGACGAAGAUGACGAACUGGGAGAAACACAUGUCGAAGAACCAGCGACGAUAAUAGGAGGAUCCACCGCUGCCGCCGCGUCAGUGUCACCGGCGUCGGGAGGAAGAGGGUUGGAUUUGCACUACCACCACCAGCGCUCCGAGCCCGAGCCUGAACCCAAGCCUGAGCCCUCCACCGGCGAGACCGCCACGAGGCGCCUCGCUUGA